AGCUCUUACGACUUAUAAAUCGCAUGAGCGUACUGCGACUUACACUUUUCUCAAUUUCCGCUGCUAGAAAGUCUAAUUUCAACAGCUCUUGUCUUUAUACCUUUCGCUUAUGCCCUCGAAGGGAUAGAAGAGACGAAUCGAAGAAGAGAGCAAAAUGAGCGGAGCGCAAGCAAUGAAGAGAAUCCCACGCAUCAAAUUUCCACAGAGGCACUCUAAGCCUUCUGGUUCCACAUCCCAGAAUUCCCAACAUCAGAAAACUUCAGCAGCUGAAGAAGCUCCUCGAACAUUUUUCUCAAGGUCCCCAUCUAGCAUGUCUGCUGCAGGGAAGGCUUCUGACCAACCCAAAAGAACACCCGUGUCUCAGGAGGAAAUUGAUUCCAUUUUGUUGGGUGGCUGCAUCUGAUUUCAGGCAAAUUACCUUCAAUGAGACGACACAGUUCACUACUUCUGGCUUAUGUUCAGUGACUUGGUGACUACCUUUUUGCGUUUAUGUUUUAACUGUUGUACUUCUUGGAACCAGUGACCCUUUUCAGCAACAAAUGUUUUUGAUUAAUGAUUGUUAAUAAUUUGUUAUGAAUGGAAUGGGAAAACCUGGCUUGCUCAACUA